AUGACACAGGUGAGGGAUCUACAGAAAAAUAUGGCCCUUGCAUCUGCCAGUAGCCUAGCUGCUUUGAACAUUGACCCACAUGUGGCAGGCUGCUUCCUCACUGGCAUCCCUGGGCUGGAACACCUGCACAUCUGGCUCUCUAUCCCCGUAUGUGCCAUGUAUGUAGCUGCCCUCGCUGGCAAUGGCAUUCUAAUUUGGGUCAUCCUCUCCCAGUCAAGCCUGCAUGAACCCAUGUACAUAUUCCUAUCUGUGCUAGCCAGUAUUGAUGUUCUUCUCUCUACUUCCACCAUGCCUAAGGUUCUGGCCAACUUCUGGUUUGGGUCUCGCCUUUGAGCUGCCUUUGAUGGCUGCCUCACUCAGAUGUUCUUCCUCCACGUCCUCUUCAUAGCAGACUCUGCUAUCCUGCUGGCCAUCGGGUUUGACCGCUACAUGGCCAUCUGUUCUCCUCUGAGAUACGCCACAAUCCUCACAACUACAGUCAUUGGGAAGAUCAUUACUGCCAGCCUGACCAGAAGCUUUGUCCAAUUUCCAUCCAUUGUUCUUCUGAAGCACUUGCACUAUUGCCGAAGCAACAUUAUUGCACAUCCUUUUUGUGAGCACAUAGGCAUUGCCCGUCUGUCUACUUCAGAUAUCUCCAUCAAUGUCUGGUAUGGAUUAGUAGUUGCCCUUCUCUCUACAGGACUGAACAUCUUUCUUAUCUCCAGUUCCUACAUUCACACUCUCCGAGCUGUCUUCUGCCUCCCCUCUUGAGAUGCGCAGUCUAAGGUGCUGACCACUUGUGGAACCCAUGUCUGUGUCAUCAUACUCUUCUAUUUCCCCUGCCUCUUUUCUGUCUUUUCCUACAGGUUUGGUGGAAGACGUAUCCCACGCUAUGUCCACAUUCUCCUAGCCAACAUCUGUGUGGUCAUCCCACCCAUGCGCAAUCCCAUUAUUUAUGGAGUGAGGGCGAAACAGAUUUUGGAAGGGGCUAAACACAUGUUCUCAAAUUUUGCCAAAGAGUCUAGAUAA